ACCCAGUUAUGAUUCUUGAAUUUUUGAUCUCUCUUUGCAAAUUUUGGAUCGGAGCUAUCUAGUCAGAUUCUCUCUGGGAUUCUAAUCUGUGUUAAACGAGGAGGUAUAUGUGAUGGGAGAUCAAGAAGAGGAGGAAUUGCGUAUGGCUUUACAUAUGAGUAUGCAAAACUCUCCUCCUGAGGCCAAAAGAAGCAAACCUAGGGAGAAUGUUGGCUCUACAACGGUUUCUGCCACCCUCGAGGAAUCCCCCGAAGCGAAAAAUAGGAAAUUGCAACGAGAGCUUAUGGCCGCUGCGGCAGAGAAGAGGAUGACGAUGGCAAAGAACCUUGCGGCAGCAAAGACACAGACAAGCUUCACAGUUGCUGCGCCAGAUAAGGGUGUUUCUGUUAUUAAGGCGGAGAAAGAUGUAGUUACAAGGCCUAUAAUCCAAAAAGCCGAGGAUUUGAGGGAAGAGCUGUCGCCUGAAGUUGCGAAUCAAUUGUUUUCAAUGGUUUUCGGGAGUAGCGUUUCGAGGGAUAUUCUUGCUCAGUGGACUAAUCAGGGUAUAAGGUUUAGCGCUGAUCCAGAAACAUGUAUGGGUCUAGUGCAACAUGAAGGGGGGCCCUGUGGUGUUUUAGCAACCAUACAGGCCUUUGUCCUCAAAUACCUUUUGUUUUGCCCAGAUGAAAUAGGUAAACAUUCACCCAACUUGCCACAACAAAAUUUGGGUUCAAGGAGUUUUUUUCAAAGUGAUUCCGUCACAUUGGAUAAUUUGUCUUCUCUGACAGAAGAUGGAAAGACGAGGGCGUUGGUUCAAAGUAUGGUUGAAAUAUUAUUUUUAUGUGGAAGUAAGAAACAGGCUAUAAUUGCUACAUUAAGUAUUCUCGGUCAACCCACUGAGGAGGGAUCUGAAUAUGGGGAGAAAGAUGAGAUUAUUGCAAAAGCCUUGGAAGGUCUUUCAAUUGAAUCAGCUUCAGACGUGCAGAAAGUUUUACGAGUUAACACAUACACUUCACGGAUGAGUGCUUUUCAUUCGCUCCAGAGAAUGCUUCCUGUUUUUCAAAGUCGUAUGGGGGCAAUGCUAUUCUUAAUUUCUGCGUUACUUUCUCGAGGACUGGAGUCUGUCCAAGCAGACAGAGAUGAUCCUUCUCUACCAUUAGUCACUGCUCCAUUUGGACAUGCCUCACAGGAAAUAGUAAACCUAUUGCUUUGCGGGCAGGCUGUUCCUAAUGUGUUUGAUGGAAGGAUGGAUCUUGGAGGUGGCAUGUUCCUCAAGGGCAUACCUACAAGCGUGGAUGUUGGAUUCCUCUCUCUUUUGGAAUCUUUUAAUUUCUGCAAGGUUGGUCAGCAUCUCAAACGCCCAAAAUGGCCAAUAUGGGUAGUUGGGAGUGAAUCCCAUUACACUGUCCUAUUUGCUUUUAAUACUCACGUUCAGGAUGAGAAUGAACUGGAGGAGAGGGAAUCACAGAUUCGGAGAGCGUUUGAUGCCCAAGACCAAAGUGGGGGAGGAGGCUUCAUCAGUGUGGAAGGGCUCCAUCAAGUCCUUAGGGAAAUUAAUAUAAACCUACCUCCUGAGAAGGUUGAUCACCUAUGUAGCUCAGGCUUUAUUGUAUGGAGUGAAUUCUGGCAGGUUUUGCUUGAAUUGGAUAAGAGCCUGGGAGGUAUGAAGGAUUCAUCAGGAUUGAUGGGUAAGAAACUGUUUGAUCUUUACCAUUUUAAUGGGAUUGCUAAGUCUGUUUUGAAUGGCAAUCAAGCAACCUCUGGAAGUGUAAUUUCAAUGCAGAGACCGAGGCUCUCAAAGUUGAGAGUUUCAGUUCCUCCGCGUUGGACACCCGAGGAAUUCAUGGCAGACGUAGGGAUGUCCUCUAAUACAGGCAGUCAAGACCCAACUGGUAAAGAUAUGGUGGUUGAAGUAACUCGCCCUGAACCUACUCAGCAUGCUCCAUUAGUGGACUGCAUCAGAACCCGCUGGCCACGGGCUGUUUGCAAUUGGGAUGGUGAUCCGCCCAGUAUAGUCUGAGCGGUUGGUUAAUGCUCUCCUAGGUCAGAUUACAUUGAGUGCCUGUGAGUGGGUUUGCUUUUGAUAAGACACAGUACAAGGCACAAGUCAAAAAGAAGGAGAAAGAACAUGUUGCAGAUGUGGGCUUCUUUAAUUUGCCAUCAGAGUAUCACCGAUCAGACUAGAUGACGUGUUUCAUCACUGCUGUGAGUCAUCCAAGAUCCACACAUUGCAAUGUC